CUGGUCAUUGAUUGGCUAAAAUGAUUCUAUUUUACGAGCCAAUCAAAUUUGUAAUUGCAUUUUCAACAAGUGUCGAAUUGGUUGGAGCGAACAACAAGCACACACAUAUCCACGACCAUGGGACGAGAUGGUGGAGGUUCAAAAGGCGGACGUGGCGGCGGUAGAGGUGGCCGUGGAGGUCGUGGAGGUGAUCGAGGCGGUGAACGAGCCAGCAGCCGCGGCGACGACCGCGGUGACGGCGGUGUCAAGAAGCCCCACGGCGGCAAACGCAGCAAGCCCGAAGUCGAAGUGACGGUAGCGCCGAAAACGCUUCGUAAGAACCCUUCGGCGAUCAAAAACAAGAUGAAGCGUCAACAAGUGAUGGUGGAGUACAAGAAGGAGAAGCGUGCGAUCAAGGAAGAGAAGCGAGCGGCGCGCAAGAAGGAAGCCGAGGAGCUGGGUGACAAAGCACCGGCCAAGCUCGAGCCCCGCACCAUCGACAACACCCGUGAGCCUGAAGUGACAAUGAUCUCUGCGGAAGACGAAGAGAUCGUCGGCGACGAGCAAGACGACGAGUUCGCAUCCAUCUUUGCGGCCGAGGAAACCCCCAAGAUCAUGUGGACGACGCGGCCUUUCCCGUCGGCGGACUUGUACCCGUUUGUGCAAAACUUGAUGGAAUUCGUGCCCAACUCGUUCUAUUAUAAGCGUGGCACGUACGACAUCAAGGACAUUUGCAAGUUUGCCGGCAACAAGGAAUUUACCCACGUUGGGAUUUUGUCGGAAAAGGAAAAGACGUGCAACGGUUUGGUGAUCAGCCGCCUCCCGCAUGGCCCGACCGCGUACUUUAAGAUCUCAAACGUCGUGCUCAUGGACAAAAUCGUCAACCACGCGCGCAAGACGAGUCAUCAGCCGGAAGUGAUCCUGAACAACUUCAACACGCGCCUGGGGCACCGCAUCGGCCGCUUCCUUGGGUCGUUCUUCGAGCACAAGCCCGACUUUGUCGGUCGCCAGGUCGUGACAUUCCACAACCAGCGCGACUUUGUGUUUGUGCGUCAGCAUCGAUACGUGUUUGAAAACGGCAAGAAGGCGCGGCUGCAGGAGAUCGGACCCAAGUUCACGCUCAAGCUGCGGUGGUUGCAGGACGGCACGUUCGACACCAAGUACGGCGAGUACGAAUGGAUCCACAAGCAGCACUCGAUGGACACGUCGCGCCGAAAAUUCCAUUUAUAAACUCCAUAGUACAUCCAAUAAUGAGCCCCGAGUGUGUCUGUCUGUGCAUGGGUCUGCUUGUUGCUACUCCCGGUCGUCCAUCCCGAUGUCCUACGAGUUGCCGGUCGAGAUGGUCA